AUGGGUCUUAAACUUGACUUUUCAGAAAAACAAAAAUCAGAAAUGGAUUCAGACGAUAAAAAUAUAUCAUCUAUACAUUUUUCACAUUCAUCUGGGUCUUCUCAGGCCCCAUCUGCCCGAGAAUUAGAAAUAAAAAUAGGAACUAUCAAACGUCUUAUUCGUGAUCUUUCUGUCUACAAAGAAGAACUUAAAACUGAAGAAGAUCGCUAUUUAAAAUGGAAAGAAGAUGGUGAAGAUGAAUAUGUUUUGCGAAAACAAAAACAAGUAAUUAAUGAGUGUUGGAGGAUGAUUCCAGAUACAGAACGCAGGCUUGCCUAUGCACUGGAAAAAUUACGCCAAGAUCAAAUGGAAGGGAAGAUUACAGAAGAAGAUAUUUUUUGUGUAGAAACGAUGGUAAAAGAAGCAGGGAUUGUUAUCGAACAUAGCAGAUGA